UCUCUGCAGCCUCCAUGAACAAAAUCCUGCUUCUUCCAACAGGCUGCAAUUUCUAGUGGGAGAUUUGGGAUGUACAUACCUUUCAAAAGUUUCAAAUGGGAGAUGGAGCAUUUCUAAAAUACUGCGUGGCAGAUGUUGUAACUCAGGAGUGAGUGAGGUUCAAGGAAACAGAAGCAAAGAGCUAUGAAGAGUGAAUUGUUUUCUUGGUUCUUCAGUUUACUUGCUGUGCUAUGUUAUACAAGUGGUUUAUCCUCUGUGCCCCAGUACUGCUGCCUGCUGAAAGGAUAUGUUCCCAUAGCACUUUGCAGAGUCUAACUUGAAGAAAAGCUCUGUGAAUCUGAUGAAAAAUGCACAGAAGGGAGAAAAUUUUUCAUUCUUUAAGAUCUAAUCAGAGGGUCACUGACUUCAAUGGACUUUGGACUGGAAAUCCAGUCCUCACUCAUUCUUUUACUACACAUAGAAAUUAGUAUACCUCUGAACACACACAAAAAAAUUACUUCAGCUUGUAUUUUACAGUACACUGGCACUAAAAAAGUUCCAAAAAUGAUCACAAGCUUGAUGGAUUAAGCAGAGUGAAGAAUUAAGCUACAAAGAAGUGCAUGCUCCAAGCUUUAACAAUUGUUCGACUAGCUCAGCUGCAAAGCUCCCAAAGGCUGGUGGGUUUCUUGUUGUGCCAUCUGAAGACAAGAGAGGAAAGGAAAAAGAAAAAAAAAAGAAAGAAAAAAAAACGGUCACAGCCAGUUAGCCACAGUAGACUGAGUUCUCAGGAACACAUCUGCAAAUUGAGCAGAUAGAUUCCCCUCCAUGCCACAAGCCCCUGUGCUGUCAGAGAAGAUUCCUCAAAGUGCUCACAUUUGAAUCUCAAUUACAGAGAAAGAUUUUGGAAGACACAAAAGCACUCCAUCAGCCAGAUACUGCAGGAUGACCCAGCCAGCAGAUGCGAUGUCACUGCAGAUGGUAUCGGCUGUCAGCAAUUCAUCCUUGCUUCAGCCAGGUUCUUCCCUGCUGAAUUUUGAUGGACACGUCUUCUUUUUUGGGCAGAAAGGAUGGCCGAAGAGAUCCUGUCCCACGGGUGUUUUCUUCCUUGAUAUAAAGCAGAAUGAGCUCAAAAUGAAACCUGCUGCCUUCUCUAGGGAUUCCUGUUACCUUCCCCCGCUCCGCUACCCAGCUAUUUGCACGCUUAGAAGCGAUGGGGAGUCUGAUAAGCACCAGUACAUUAUUCAUGGUGGGAAAACACCUAACAAUGAUCUUUCUGAUAAGGUUUACAUUAUGAAGGUGGUAAACAAAACUACCAAGAAAACCACGUUUCAAUGCACUGAGAAAGAUCUAGAUGGAGAUGUCCCUGAAGCUAGAUACGGGCAUACAAUUAAUGUAGUUCAUAGCCGGGGAAAAAGCAUGAUUGUUAUAUUUGGAGGUAGAUCAUAUAUUCCUCUUGCACAGAGAAUUACUGAAAAAUGGAAUAGUGUAGUUGACUGUUUGCCAUUUGUGUUUCUUGUUGAUUUUGAGUUUGGAUGCUGUACGUCAUACAUACUUCCAGAGCUUCAAGAUGGACUUUCCUUUCAUGUUUCAGUUGCCAGGAAUGAUACAAUCUACAUUUUGGGAGGCCAUUCACUUCAAAAUAACACCCGGCCUCCCAGCCUUUACAAGCUAAAAGUCGAUCUCCCGCUGGGCAGCCCAGCUGUGACCUGCUCUAUCUUGCCAGGGGGAAUAUCUGUGUCGAGUGGUAUUGUGACUCAGACUGGUGAUACUGAAUUCGUCCUUGUUGGGGGCUACCAGUCUGACAACCAGAAACGGAUGAUCUGUAACACCAUAGUUUUGGAAAAUAAUAAAAUAGAGAUUGUUGAAAGGGCAAGCCCAGAUUGGACACCCGAUAUUAAACACUGUAGGAUGUGGUUUGGCUGUGAUAUGGGCAAAGGGUCCAUAUUGUUGGGUAUUCCUGGGGCCAACAAACAGUUAAUCUCAGAUGCAAACUACUUCUACAUUUUGAGAUGCAACAGAGCAGAAGAGGAUGAAGAAGAAGAAUUGACAUCACAAGCAUGCAGUCAGGCAUCUACCGAAGACCAAGGAGACUCCACUCCAUUUGAAGAUUCCGAAGAGUUUUCUUUUAGUGCUGAAGCCAGUAGCUUUGAUGUUGAUGACAUUGAUACUUACAAUGAAGACGAUGAAGAAGAUGAAUCAGAAACAGGGUACUGGAUCAUCUGCUGUGCCAGCUGCAAUAUUGACAUUAACACCUGGGUGCCUUUCUAUUCAACAGAACUCAACAAGCCUGCAAUGAUUUUGUGUUCCAGUGGGUCUGGCCAUUGGGUUCAUGCACAGUGUAUGGAUCUGUCAGAGAGCAUGCUCCUUCGGCUCUCCGAAGCAAAUGUCAAGUACUUCUGCAAUGAGCAUGUUGACCUUAAUAAAGGGCUGCAAACUCCCAAAAAGGCGGUGCAUCUGAAAAAGCAACCCAUGAAACGACUGCACAAAAAGAAAACCAUGAAGUUAACCACACCAGUGAAAAAGUCUUUUCUUCGGAGAUUAUUUGAAUAGAUUUGUGCCACUGAUUUGUAUUCAACUGGGAGACUAAAACAGCUAGCAGUAGUUGAAACAAAAUGGGUUACUGAGGUUCCCACUGAUCAUUUUAUUAAAUUGAUAUUAUCUCAAUAUUUCAGUUAUAUUUCAAAACUCAUGAGCAUUUUUUGUUUCUUAUGUAUGUUUUUGUAAUAUCCAUAUAGGAAGCUUAUCACAGAGGGCAUCGUACAAACACACAGCCAGAUAUUGGUAACUUAGUGCUAUAUUUUUUACAGUAGUAUAACUUACUCUCCAAUCAUUCCCAGUAAAUGUGGUAGAACUCCUUUAGGAAAAGAUGUUAUCUCAUGUACUCAGUGGUAUUAGCAUCUGUCAGUAAACAAAGACCAUAUUGCCCAUUUUAUUUUUUUUUUAUCUUAGCAAGUAGUUCUAGAAAUAUUUGGCCUAAUUUAUAACUGCCUUGCUCUGAUUUUACGUUAGUGUAAUGAGCUAAAAUUAGACUAAUUAAUCUGCUUUUAAAUUGAAGUGAUUUUUAAGUCCCUUGUGUCAGAAAUAAUGAAAUAUUCAGAUGCUGAGGGUCAGUUUUCUUCAGGGACUUCCAUUACGAAAAUCUUUCAAGUAUUUAAUUCUGGAUAAUUCAUUUUUUAUUUUGAAAGGUACUGAGUGGUUAUGUGUCAGGUUUGGCUAUCAUUAAGGAUUAUCACCUCACAGUAAAAGUUAAAUUACAUUUUUAAACCACUGUGCUCAACAACUGCUUUGCAAUUGUAUUUUUAAAAAUAUAUA